GCUGCCACUGCCAGCUUGGUAGAAUUUUGUUCGUGCUGUGAUACUUUAUUAAUUUCCAAUACACGAAUGUUACAAAUGAAGUUGUAGUACAUAUCUUUUUGUUAAGGAUCACGAUGAUUCAUAGUUUGUUCAUUAUUAACCCCUCUGGGGAUGUUUUCCUUGAAAAGCAUUGGCGUAGCGUAAUUCCAAGAUCUGUGUGCGACUACUAUUUGGAAGCUCAACGAGCCUCGCCUAAUGAUGUGCCUCCGGUUCUGGCGGCGCCCCAUCACUACCUUAUCUCCAUUCAGCGAGGAGGCGUGGCUCUUGUGGCAGUGUGCCAGCAGGAGGUGGCACCGCUCUUUGUCAUUGAGUUCCUACACAGGGUCGUAGACACUUUCCAGGAUUACUUUUCUGAUUGCACAGAGACUAUAGUCAAAGAAAAUUAUGUUGUUGUGUAUGAGCUCCUUGAUGAAAUGUUGGAUAAUGGGUUUCCUCUGGCAACUGAAAGCAACAUUCUAAAAGAACUGAUCAAGCCACCAAAUAUUUUAAGGACUAUAGCCAAUACUGUUACCGGAAAAUCCAACGUGUCCUCGAUCCUGCCAUCGGGCCAGUUGUCCAACGUGCCGUGGCGGCGCUCGGGCGUGAAAUACGCCAACAACGAGGCCUACUUCGACGUCGUAGAGGAGGUGGACGCCAUCAUCGACAAGAGUGGCGCCACCGUCUCUGCUGAGAUACAGGGCUAUAUUGACUGCUGCAUCAAAUUAAGUGGCAUGCCGGAUUUGACGCUCACUUUCGUAAACCCGCGCCUGUUCGAUGAUGUCUCGUUUCAUCCUUGCGUGAGAUUUAAACGAUGGGAGUCUGAAAGAAUCUUAUCGUUCAUCCCUCCGGACGGCAACUUCCGUCUGAUGUCGUACCACAUCGGGUCCCAGAGUGUGGUGGCCAUACCCAUAUACGUGCGACACAACUUGAUGCUACGCUCGAACGGGGACCAAGGGCGGCUCGACCUGACCGUCGGACCAAAACAGACGAUGGGCAGAACUCUAGAGAAUGUUGCAUUAGAGAUCUGCAUGCCGAAGUGUGUUCUGAACUGCUCGCUGACCGCGAACCAGGGCAAGUACUCGUACGACCCGGUCAGCAAGGUGCUGCUGUGGGACAUCGGACGUAUAGAGCUACCGAAGUUGCCAAAUAUUAGAGGAACUGUAUCAGUGGCGUCAGGCGCGGACACGACAGGCGCGACGCCCAGCGUGAACGUUCACUUCACGAUACCCCAGCUGGCCGUCUCCGGGCUGCGCGUCUCGCGGCUCGACAUGUACGGCGCCAAGUACAAGCCGUUCAAGGGCGUCAAGUACGUCACGAAGGCGGGCAAGUUCCACGUGCGCAUGUGAUGCGAACCCAACCCGGACCUGGCGUGGCUCUUCCUCAGGUUGCUGUGACCCGACUAAACGAAUAUGAACCUGCAAGUAUCCUUUAUAUACAAGCCGAGUAAGUUGAGCCGUUCUUAGCGUCAAGUACGUCACGAAGGCGGGCAAGUUCCACGUGCGCAUGUGAUGCGAACCCAACCCGGACCUGGCGUGGCUCUUCCUCAGGUUGCUGUGACCCGACUAAACGAAUAUGAACCUGCAAGUAUCCUUUAUAUACAAGCCGAGCAAGUUGAGCCGUUCAUUCGCGUCAAGUACGUCACGAAGGCGGGCAAGUUCCACGUGCGCAUGUGAUGCGAACCCAACCCGGACCUGGCGUGGCUCUUCCUCAGGUUGCUGUGACCCGACUAAACGAAUAUGAACCUGCAAGUAUCCUUUAUAUACAAGCCGAGCAAGUUGAGCCGUUCAUUAGCGUCAAGUACGUCACGAAGGCGGGCAAGUUCCACGUGCGCAUGUGAUGCGAACCCAACCCGGACCUGGCGUGGCUCUUCCUCAGGUUGCUGUGACCCGACUAAACGAAUAUGAACCUGCAAGUAUCCUUUAUAUACAAGCCGAGCAAGUUGAGCCGUUCAUUCGCGUCAAGUACGUCACGAAGGCGGGCAAGGUCCACGUGCGCAUGUGAUGCGAACCCAACCCGUACCUGGCGUGGCUCUUCCUCAGGUUGCUGUGACCCGACUAAACGAAUA